CAUUGAUCUAAUAUGGAAGAAAUAGGCAAUCGUCUUCAGCUUCUUCCAUGUUGCACUUCUUGAUUCCGUCCAACCCCUAAGCCGCUCGCUUUUUUAUUCCCAAUAUCCUCAUGUGCUCAGCUGUGGUGCGAUUCCUAUUUUUCCGUAUUGUUUAUCAUUCACGUACAUAUCCUGGCGAUUGGCUUUCAUCGCAUUGCUCAUUCUCUUCGUUUGCAGCCCUUAAAUCUGCCAUAGCAUUAGAGCAUUGGUUUCCGGUGCUCAUUUGAUUUGAGAACACUGGAUUGCCUGGUCGUUUGCCAAAUCCACGGGUUGGCCAUCAAUCUGAGAGCGACAAUCUGAGAACGGGAUAAAUCACGCUCUCUUGACAUUCAUCUAAAGGUCUUGCUUGUUGUUUACGCAGACCGACGGCAACUAUCCCUUCGUCGAGUUUCAUCGACCCAAUCAACGCGCAAUCUUUCGACGUGGUGGUAACCACGCCGCGCACCUCGGACAAACCCUCGCUGCAACCUGGUUCAUCGAAUCAGUUGCUCAAUCGCUUUGCGAUUCUUCCCAAGAGCUGCCGCGACGCUUCAAAACCGCAGCCUCCAAGAUGGAUCCACCUCCAAACGAUGGCAUUUGUGCCAUCUUUGUCCACGCUGGGGCUGGCUUCCAUAACUUCGAGAAUGAGCACAAGCAUUUGGGAGCCUGUGAUUCGGCUACCACUGCCGCCAUGGCAUUCUUGAAGGCCGGCGGUACUGCUGUCGACGCCGUCGAAGUCGCCUUGACGGUGCUCGAGGACAAUCCGAUCACAAACGCCGGAUAUGGCAGCAACUUGAACCAUAAUGGCAUAGUUGAGUGUGAUGCCUCGAUUGUUGACCAUCGAGGAAAAAGUGGGGCUGUCGGCGCUGUGCCCAACGUGAAGAACCCAAUCGCGCUCGCCCGAAAGAUUUAUGACAAGUCCAACAAAGACAUGGGCCAAUCGAGAGUGCCUCCCAACUUCAUUAUCGGAGAAGGCGCCAGAGACUUUGCGUGGGAAAAUGGGAUCGUCGUCUUACCACACGAUGACAUGACUCACCCCGCCGCGCGUCUGCGUUGGAAAUCAUGGAAAGAGGAAGUUGACGAUCACGAGCGUGUCAAAGGCAGCCAGGAUGCUGAUCUCUGGCUUCGUCGGCCUUUGACCCCGAUGGGGACUCGGCUUGAGCGCCUUGCGAAACGCGAGAGUCUUGCUGCAGCUGAUCAUGAAACAAAUGAGGAGUGCAUGUCCGAUUUGCCCGUAAGUAACCCUGGAGGACAUGCCACCGUCGCGAAGAUUGCCUCCUCAUCGUCUCGCGAUGGCAGCCCCGAUAUCGAGACCGAUACCGAGACUGAGCGCAGCACCAGCGACCAAGAGGAUGUUGAUAUGAUCUCAGACACCAUUGGUGCCAUUGCUAUUGACAGAUGGGGAAACAUUGCCGCAGGAUCUUCUUCUGGUGGCAUAGGCAUGAAGCACCGUGGCCGAGUUGGACCUGCGGCUCUUAUUGGCAUUGGUACUCACGUCGUCCCAGUAGAUCCAACUGACCCAGACGGGACCACAGUUGCAUGCGUCACAUCCGGAACCGGAGAGCUUAUUGCUUCGGCGUUCGUGGCUUACACCCUCUCGCAGCGCAUUUAUUUCAGUCAGAAAAAGUGCGAGAACGGCAGAUUUGAGCAGGAAGUGGACCAAGUGGUCAUCUCUGAGUAUUUCAAGAAUGAGUUUACCAACUUCCCUGCCGUGGACGACAGCUUUCUCUUUGGCUCUCUCGGAGCAAUGGUGGUGAGAAAAGACAACGAUGGCAUUGAGCUCUUCUUUGCCCACAACACCCAAUCUUUCGCCAUCGGCUCCAUGUCCAGCAACCGAGAGAAGCCUAUGUGUGUCAUGUCCCGUGGCACCCGAGGAAGCGUCAUGCAGGGAGGUGCUCGAGUCCGCUUCUAAAGCCGACUCACAUCGACCCAAGUGGCUUUUGCCCCAACUACUCGUUUCUGCUUUAUUUCGUCUUCCACUUUAUUCGAGAUACCCAGUUUGCCGCAACAUUUCCAGGCCCGUCUGCAUCGCCAGCGUUUCUCUCUUGCAUAGCGACAAACCGACAAGGUCGAGCCUCACGUCAAAUUUCCUU